GCUCCGCAGCUUCCCCCAUGCCGCGCACGCCCGCGCGGCGGUCCACCACCGCGUGGCGGAUCAUGGCAUGGCUCAUGGCGCCUGCCGCGGCCACGAUCACCGGAACUUGUGAGAUGGAUGGCGCUGUCAGCGCCACACCACUGAGGUUCAGCCGUGGGAACUGCCAAGCCUUUCUUCAGACAGUCCAGGGGACCAUUGAGUUGAAUGGGCUCAUUGCUACUGUCUCGGCAAACUUCACUUACAAGAACGAGAAGAAGAGCAUCGAGGCUGCGGUCUUGUCGCUGCCCAUGCCGAAGCAGGCCAUCCUACAAGGCUAUGAGCUUCAGGACAUUAAGGGCCAUGUGCAAGAGUCCAGCGGUGAGAGGUCUCCCUGUCCGGGGCAUGACCUGCUCAGCUUCUAUGAGCCACCCUCAGCGCUGCGGGUGCCACUCUCCUCGAAGGUGAAAGGGGGCGAAGAGGUGAUUCUGAGGAUGGAAUAUUUGCUCGUCUUGCAGGCGAGGCAGCGUGCUGCGGAGCGCCGGGACGUGUCGUUCGGCCACGUCUUGGAGUUGCCCAUGGCCUUCCCGUCGAAGGGACGCGGAGCAGGCUCUCCGGACGCCGUACAGCUUCAACUCUUCUUCGGGGGUGCCUGGACCGUGCAGAGCGGGACGCCCGCCGUGGAGCUGCAACCCGAGCCAAUGGAGGCGCAGAAGCUGAUGAACCAUUUGGUGCUCAAGUCGCCCUUACAGGACAUUUCCUUGGAGCUCAGCUUCAAUGCGCGAGCCGUGCCCGAUGCGACACUUCCAGCUCAGCCCUUCAUGCUGAGCUUGCAGCGGCAUGGUGCCAGCCAGCGGUUGGCCGCACAAGUCUGGGUGCCUCCGAACAUCUCGAUGUGUCAAGGCUUGCCCAACGCAGUUCCUGGAAUGACCGAUCUCGAGAUCGAGUUCUUCUUCGUCGUUGAUCCCUCCGUGACCAUGCGCGGCCCGCGCCUGGCGAAAGUUCGCCAGGCCCUGCGAGUGCUGCUGCGGAGCCUGCCGAACGCCGCUGUGGUGAAUGUGGUGGGGUUGAGUUCCCAAAGUUCUGCAGAUGCCCUGUUCCCCGAAAGCCGCCCCUUGAACUCGCAGACCUUUGACGCGGUGGACGAAUUCUUAAAGAGGGAUGCUGAGGAGUUCUUGGAUUCGGUGACUGGUCUCCAUUCGCUCCUCUCCACGGUCUUCGACACCCGCAGGGACUCCUCUCAGCUUCGUGUGGCGCUGAUCACCGACCGCUAUCCGCCCGACCAGAAGGCCUCGGUGCAGCUCUUGGAGGAGUCCUGCGACGCGAACUGCCGCGUCUUCGUCCUGGGCCUUGGCUGGGGCGCCUCGCCCCUCUUCGUCGAGCAGGCCUCGAAAGUGGGCCAUGGCAGCUACGCCUACGUGGCGGAACGGGAUGUGUCCUAUGGUAUCGAGAAGAACCUCCUGGCGCAGAUGGUGGAUGCUUGCGUCCCGGCGUUCGAUGAUGUGAUGGUACGCUGGAGCACCUUUGGCAAUGGCCAAUUGAAUGCCUCCAAGCUGGUGGGGGAGGAGCUGGUGGAGGUCGAGGCCUUCGAGGAAGAUGUGAAGAAUCGUGGAUUGGCCAUGGCUAUCUUGGGAGAAGUUCCAGGUGAUUUGGCCAGUGCCGCGCUGGGCACUUUGUCCAUCGAAGUGUCUUUGGGCACACAGACCUUCCACGCGACUGCCACUCCGCCUUCGGGGCCAAUCAUGGUCGGUAGCUCCCUCCAUGCGGUGGUGGCCAGGCAAAUGGUGCAAGAGGGGCGUGCGCCUUCAGCAGCCUGGGCCGCCUCGUUGGGCAUCCCCAGCGGUAGCUUCCAGUGGAACUCGGUCGAUCGCGCGGGCCGGUCCACUCCCCUUCGCUGCGAGGAGAAGGUUGAGAAGGUGGAACGGCUUCAACCAGAGUUGUCCACUCGAGAGAAGCUGACGACUGCGCCUCCGGAGCCAACCACGUCUUCGUCGACCCUCUCAGCCUGCGAGCAGAUUUCACAGAAGCUAUCCUCCCUGCACUUCAAGAGCCUGGGGAAGAGUCUGUCUUUACACCAAUCCAAAAGCUGGACCUCGGCUUCGCCGCAGCUCCCGUCCACGUCCAAGCCCAGAGGCUGGACCCACCCCGAGGCUUCUCCCCCAUCGCUGCCUGAGAUGGGCGACUGGGCGCCGCAGCUGUCGCUGCGAAACUUCGUGCGGACGGGGUCGGCCUUCUCAGUUCAAGCGCCCAGUAUGCUGGAGGCCCUGGGCCUGGGCGGCUCACGUUUCAGUGGCCUAGGCGACCUGAGUGCUUUGGAUGGCGAGGAUUGGUUCUUCGACCCCCGCCCCGGGCGCCCCGGGCCGAGCCGCGCGCCGCGCGACGUCGACGCGCACGGCGCAACGGGCGCCGCCACGGCCUUGUCGACCCGACAACGCCCUGGAACUGCACCGCCCAGGCUUUCCAUGCUGGAUUUCACGCAGCUGGGAGCUCGGCUCUCGUUUCAUUCCGCGCCCCAGUCGCUGCGCAGCCAGUGGGACAGCGAGGAUCGGCGCUUCUCGCGCCUACCUCCUUUGUCGCUCUACGAUGCCGCGCGGCUGAACCCCGCGGCGGCGCGGAGCGUUGUUGCGGUGUCCACGCGCGAGAAGGUGAAGGUGAAGCCCAGUUUCUGGGAGCACUUGGCCAUCAAGGGUGUGAAGGCCCUCAGCUCUAGGCUCUCCUUGCGCCGCCCGGCACUCCCCCGAGCCCUCGAGCGCCUCCCAACGCUUCCCCGCGCGGACCCGAGUGCCGCCGCGGCUCCCACCGCUCCGGGCGCCGCUUCGGGCGCUGCAGCGGACCCGGCGGAGGCCCAGUGGAUUGGAAUACAUCUGGCAGGUGGCAUCGUGGUAGCUGUGGGCCAGGUGAACUAUUUUCACUCGGGCUGCGAAACGCUCCGGGAGACCAUCCACCUGCAAUGGCCCAACGCUACGGCGCUGCAGCCAGCAGAACUUCUGCUCCGACGGGGCCAGUCACUGGGUGUGCUGGCGCCCGGAACGGCGCCCCACACGCUGAAACUGCAGGUCUCUGAGAAGUGCCAAGUGACGCUGGAAGAGGAGGGCGAAGUCUUGCUGACUGCAGAGGUGCCAAGGCCUGACCUCAACGACCCCGACACCUGCGCCGAAGACGACGCCUUUGCGACCAAGCUGGCGGCCUUGGCUGCACGGCGCCAGGAGCGGCGGCAGGGCAUGGCGGUGAUGGCACGGCGGCCGGGCGCUCGAGUGGAGGUGGUCAGUGGCGUGGUGCUGGCGGCCCAGAGGUUCCCAGGUUUCUUCCUUUUUGACAAAGCUUCAGCGGAGGAGGCCAAGUUGAAUUGGGAACACUUGCAGCUACUGAGUGCCCACUGCAAAUCGGAGGAAGUGGCCCAUACCCUAGUGGCGCUAACCGUGCUGGAUCAAGACCCGAUUUGGCGGCUGCUCACGCUGCGCGCCCAUGCGUGGCUUCGCAUGCAGCCGCGUGGGGGCGCUUCCCACUCGGAGUGCCAUGAGCUGGCAGAGGUCAUGGUGCUCCAAACCAGUUGGUUUCGGACCGUCCCAAAAAGACCGUCGCGGAGUUCCCGCGCGUCCUGCGGCCGCUGCCUCGCUCCGCACGCCUCGGACCGUGGCAAGUGAGUUUUGGGGGACGGAGGGCGACCUCGUUUGGGGCGGAAGUUUGGUCGGGACGUGGACGUGUAAAGCUUGAAGUUUGUGUGUACUUUUUAAAGAUUUUUAAGAGCCAGCCGCGACCCUGCAUGGAGGGGUUUGGGGGUCUCAGAUCCCUAGGUUUUGAG